GUGCGCAGCGGCAAAGGAUCGCUUCCGGGGGGCGGGUCAGCGGAAGUGAGGGCGGCUGAGGCUGGGCGGCCCACUGUGGGAGGAGGGGCCGUGAGGUGAGAGAGUCCUGGAUCCCGAGUCUGAGAUGGCCUGAUAUGAAGGAGUCACGUCUCCCGCCUCUCCGAGCUGCCCUGUGGCCACCUUGUUCUCCCAGUUGAAAUGUCGGGAAUGGAAGCCAAUGUGACCAUUCCAAUCUGGCAAAACAAGCCUCAUGGGGCUGCUCGAAGCGUAGUAAGAAGAAUCGGGACCAACCUACCCCUGAAGCCGUGUCCCCGGGCAUCCUUUGAGACCCUGCCCAACAUCUCUGACCUGUGUUUGAGAGAUGUGCCCCCAGUCCCUACCCUGGCUGACAUCGCCUGGAUCGCUGCAGAUGAAGAGGAGACGUAUGCCCGGGUCAGGAGUGAUACACGCCCUCUGAGGCACACUUGGAAACCCAGCCCUCUGAUUGUCAUGCAGCGCAAUGCCUCAGUGCCCAACCUACGUGGGUCUGAGGAGAGGCUUCUGGCCCUGAAGAAGCCAGCCCUGCCAGCCCUAAGCCGCACCACUGAGCUGCAGGAUGAGCUGAGCCACCUGCGUAGCCAGAUUGCCAAGAUAGUGGCAGGUGAUGCAGCCUCGGCUUCAUUAACGCCAGAUUUCUUAUCUCCAGGAAGUUCAAAUGUCUCUUCUCCCUUACCUUGUUUUGGAUCCUCAUUCCACUCUACAACUUCCUUUGUCAUUAGUGACAUCACCGAAGAGACAGAGGUAGAGGUCCCUGAGCUUCCAUCAGUCCCCCUGCUUUGUUCUGCCAGCCCUGAAUGUUGCAAACCAGAACACAAAGCUACCUGCAGCUCGUCUGAAGAGGAUGACUGCAUCUCUCUGUCCAAGGCCAGCAGCUUUGCAGACAUGAUGGGUAUCCUGAAGGACUUUCACCGGAUGAAACAGAGCCAAGAUCUGAACCGGAGUUUACUGAAGGAGGAAGACCCUGCUGUGCUUAUCUCUGAGGUCCUAAGGAGGAAGUUUGCGCUGAAAGAAGAAGAUAUCAGUAGAAAAGGAAACUGACAACACUCAGCUCUGCAAACUCAGUCUCAUGUUCCAGGAAUACCUUCAAUAGCUGCCUUCCUCACUACAGGUGUUUCUGCCUCUCAAUGACAAAUCUGCAAGUCUUGCUGACAAGCUAGAGCUUGAACUAAAAGAAGAAUGGAUUAUAUGUUUCAUAGACUUGAAACCCUAGCAGAAGCUAACACCUGUGAUUUGAGCUGAGACAUUUGUUAUAGGUAAUUGUAUAGAAUGGAGUACCUCAGUUUAAAGGGUAAGAUAGAAGUUUCUGGUUUUUCUUUGCCCUGUGUGAAAACAGGUCUUAAAUGAAUGACUUACUUCACUGCAUUAGACCCCAUAAUUGGUCUCACCAGACACUUUGUGCUCAGCUGUCACUUACUCUCAGCAGCUUCCUUGCAGCAGGGCCGAGGGGAAGGGACUAUAAAUGUUUGUGUACAUGUUCACAGGGCAGGGAAAAAUCUUAUGCUGCUCCAUCAUAAACCUAUACCAGUGCCCAGCAAUCACCCCCUCCCCACUUCCCUGUCUAGAUGUAGAGGCCAGGCCCCUGAACCAGCCGAUACUUGAGCUGCUGCUGGGAGGCCUGGGCUGUUGGGUUUUUUUUAAAACCAUAUUUUAUAAUACUGAACAACCAAAUCUACCCUCCAAGGCCCUGGGGCCUCAUCAGUUCCACUGAUUAAAAACUUUCUCUUCCAUGGACUUUAGUUCAAGUCCAGUAGGAAAGAGAAAUGGGGAGGGGGAAAGAGCUUACUAUCUUUCUUCCAGGCCUUUUGAUUGCUUCUUUGGGUUGGGCCAAGGUUUGUAUCUACCACACCAUGCAUGACUCAGAUGCCCUCAGGUCCCUUUCUCUAUGGUAUAUAUACUGUGUGUGUUUGGGUUGAAGCACUACCUGACAUUAAAGGAAGGAUUUGGAGAGAGAAUGCA